CAAGACCUCAUCCUUGGCAAUACAGACCAAUGACACAGUCAAACUUGUGGACAAAACUUUACAUUAAUUUUAAAAUACGACAUGUCGUUCAUUCACCGUGGUGCCUUUAAAAACGGAACCCAGUUGCGUCAUGUAAUUACAUCAAGAUGUACUGAAGAGCAGUAAGGUUUCAUUGGUAGUGUUGGUGUCAUAAUUAUAUGAAAUAGUGUUGUGAUACUUAAUAUAUCAUGAACAUUCCACCUUUGGUCAGGCAGUUGACAGUAGCGGGUUCCUGUCAUUUAGCAGCUUUAACGGCGGGCGGAGUGGUAUCGUACCCGGGGGUACUGCUACAACAGCUGCGGUCCAAUGAUACUAUCAUACACCUCGAUUUGGAUAAUGGAUCGUGGAUUGGCUCAGUGCACGGCCUAGCAGGGAUACCAAGCUUCCUAAUGCCAUUCCUCAUGCAGUACCAAGGACGAAAAUUCACAUUCAUACUCAGCUGCAUACUAAUAAAUAUAGGAUGGGCCUUCACAUAUGCUGCAAAUAAUCUUUUAACUUUAAUCAUAGGAGAAUGCUUCCAUGGUCUUGGAGGCCACAGUUUACUGACAGUCAGCUUCUUAAGCAUGUCCGAAAUGAUACAACCGAAGUAUCGAAACAUUUGUUUGUUAUUCUACGGCACAUCACAAGCUUUUGGAAUGUCAUUUGUCGGGAUUAUAGGAAGAUAUUUGCAUUGGAAAACUGCUGGUAUAGUUAUGAGCUGUCCAAUUAUGCUAGCCUUGAUUUUAGGGCUGUUUUGGCCUGAAUCCCCGUCCUGGUUGGCUUUUAAAGGGAGAUUUGAGGAGUGUGAAGAAGUUUUUAAACGCCUAAGAGGUACUGAUAAGGAAUCUAUGAGGGAAUUGAACGCUUUAAUACACGCUCAGAAGGAAAAUUUCGAUUUAAGACCGCCUAAAGGAGAAUGGUUUAAGAAUCUUCGACAUACCUUAGUCAGUAAGGACUUUUACAAACCAUCGUUUCAUACAUUUAUUUUACUUAGUAUAUUUUAUUGGACGGGCGGGGCCGCUGUGAUAAUAUAUUCAAGCGAUAUUACACUCAAACUCACUAGCAAUAAGAACGAGCAUAUAAAAUUUAUCAUUGACGUCACAUUCUUUAUAGGAUACACUGUGACGACGAUUCUAACAAGAUUUUUUAGCAGUAAGAAGAUUUUAUUGUUCAGUAUGACAGGGAGUUUUGUUUGUAUGACUUUGAUGACCGUAGCAGCGUAUUUGCAAAGCGUAGAUAUAGUGUCAAAGGACUCAAUGUUGGGUGCUUAUUUCAUGGUGUGUUAUAUGGUCGUCUUUGGUAUCGGUUCAAACGGCGUAGGGUUUACAAUAGCUACAGAAUUGAUGCCAGUUAAACACAGGGGAAUUGGAGGUUGCAUAUUUGUACUAUGCACCUGUAUUUUUCACUCGUCCUCGUUGAAAUCCUUCCCAUAUUUGUGUGUUUAUAUGAAGUUGUGGGGAACGUUUUUGUUAUAUGCCAUUUAUAUUGUGAUUUCUGGAGUUAUUGUGUAUGCGUGCGUCCCCGAUACAAGGAACAGGACGUUGCAAGAAAUCGAAGAGUUUUAUCAAAAUGGUUGUUAUAGAGAGAAAAGGUUGGUAUGUGCGGAUUUGAGCGCGCGUCAAAGAUUUUUGAAGGAUAAUGGAUUGUAGUAGUAAACAUUGUAAUAGGCUGUGCGACAUUGCCGCGACCGCGCACGCUGUUCAUGAGGAAGAACGCUUCUGAGGUUCGAAACUAGUAGAGCUUUUCUCAGUAUAUUCACGUGAGUAACCCGCAAUUUUUAGUUAAAGUAAACAUUGUGGUUACGUGUUAAAGUAAAAUUGUGAUAUAUUUGUGUAACUAGAAUUGUACUGCUUAGGUUUUUGAGAAUUGGAUG